AUGUCGGCAACGCAGCUGCUGAACCCCAAGGCGGAGUCGAGGCGGAGAGCGGAGGCCUUGAAGGUGAACAUCAGUGCUGGUGAGGGUCUUCAGGAUGUCCUGAAGUCGAAUCUCGGUCCGUCCGGGACCUUGAAGAUGCUGGUGGAUGGUGCUGGUGGUAUCAAGCUGACAAAGGAUGGAAACGUUCUGCUGCGAGAGAUGCAAAUCCAAAACCCCACGGCCGUUAUGAUCGCUCGUGCUGCGACCGCUCAAGAUGAUAUCACAGGUGACGGAACGACCUCAGUCGUAUUGCUGGUCGGCGAACUUCUGAGACAGGCGGACCGUCACAUUUCUGAAGGAUUGCACCCCAGAGUUAUCACGGACGGUUAUGAGAUCGCGAAGGACGAAGCUUUGAAGUUCCUCGACAAAUUCAAGAUCGAACGGGCAAUUGACCGCGAACUUCUUCUUUCCGUUGCUCGAACAUCGCUUAGCACAAAGUUGAAUGGCGCGCUCGCCGAGAAACUCACACCUGACAUCGUCGAUGCCGUACUUGCCAUUCACCGAGCACCGGAGAAGCCCGACCUGCACAUGGUUGAGAUCAUGACCAUGCAGCACCGUACCUCUUCCGACACACAGCUUAUCCGUGGUCUAGCACUAGACCACGGCGCAAGACACCCUGAUAUGCCGAAGCGAGUUGAAAAUGCUUUUAUUCUUACCCUUAACGUCAGUCUCGAGUACGAGAAGUCAGAGAUUAACUCCGGGUUCUACUAUUCAUCCGCCGAGCAGAGGGAUAAGCUUGUGGAAAGUGAGCGCAAAUUCGUGGAUUCGAAACUACAAAAGAUUGUGGAACUUAAGAAGCAGGUUUGCGGAGAUGACCCUAAGAAGAGCUUUGUUAUCAUCAACCAGAAGGGAAUUGACCCCCUGAGCUUGGAUGUCCUGGUGAAGAACGGUAUCAUGGCUCUUCGGAGAGCUAAGCGCAGAAACAUGGAGCGUCUCCAGCUUAUUUGCGGAGGUAUCGCCCAAAACAGCGUGGAGGAUCUUACCCCCGAUGUCCUUGGGUGGGCUGGGCUUGUCUACGAACACCAGCUCGGAGAGGAGAAGUACACAUUCGUUGAGGAGGUCAAGGAUCCUAAGUCCGUGACUCUUCUUAUCAAGGGCCCCAACAGUCACACUAUCGCACAGGUUAAGGAAGCCGUUCGGGACGGUCUCCGGUCAGUGUACAACACAAUCGUCGAUGGCUGCGUUAUUCCUGGUGCUGGAGCCUUCCAGGUUGCCUGCCACGCUCACCUUUCCUCCGACGAAUUUCGCAAAUCCGUCAAGGGUAAGGCCAAGUGGGGUGUUGAGGCAUUUGCCGAUGCUCUUUUGAUCAUCCCCAAGAUCCUCGCCGAGAACUCUGGCCACGACAUCCAGGACUCUCUGGCAGUGCUGCAGCAGGAGCGGGCAGAUGGCAACAUCGUCGGCCUGGACCUGACUACGGGUGAGCCUAUGGAUCCUGUGCAGGAAGGUGUGUUCGAUUCGUUCCGUGUCCUGCGAAACUGUGUCGCUUCCAGCUCGGGUAUCGCCUCGAACCUCCUCCUCUGUGACGAGCUCCUCAAGGCCAGGCAGAUGGGCAAACAAGGUGGACCCGGCGGCAUGGAGUAA